CUGAGAGUCUGUAAUGUAGAGACCGUAUCUGUCAGCAGUGCUUCUACACACCUUCACGCACUUACUCACACAUGCACACAUACACACACACGUUCACACACUCAGUCAUGAUCCUGUAUUAAACUUCAUCAACUGGACAGCAACAGCAGCGGAAUGGACACAAAAGGCACAAAAUCGAUGGAGGUCUUGGUGAGUGAGCUGGGCAUACUGCUGAAGAUGCUGGACCAGGAGAACCUCAGCACCUCCACGCAGGAGAAGAAAACCUCUGUGUGGAACCUCCUGCAGCAGAUACAGCCAUCAGUGUCAGGAACAGACUACAUCUACAUGAACUCAGCAGUGUAUAGAAAUGGCACCAGCUUUGUAGAGUCACUCUUUGAGACAUUUGACUGCGAGCUGGGAGACUUGAAGGAUGUUACAGAUGAUGUGAAAGAAGAUGAGAACACCCAAGCUGACACUUUAAAACAGCAGAACUGUGCAGAUUCCUCAGCCCUGCACUCAGCUGACUCUCCUCCCCCUCUGCCCACAACGCCUCCUCCUGAGGAGUACUAUGAGGAGGCUGUGCCCCUCAGUCCUGGCAUGAUGCCAGAGUACAUCAUUACACGAGUCAGGCCAAGCCCUCCAAACUCUAUAGAAGAUGGGUAUGAAGAUGCAGAAAACAACUACCCGACUACCUGCAUAAACUCACACCGCAAAAACUCAUUCAAUGACUCAGAUGCUCUGAGCAGUUCCUACGAGUCCUACGAGGAGGACGACGAAGAGAGGAGCUCUGGCGUCCGACUCACUCAUCAGUGGCCCUCGGAUGAGAGCUCCAUGCCUCCUGCAAGAGACUGUCGCAUCUGUGCCUUCCUGCUGCGCAAGAAACGCUUCGGCCAAUGGGCAAAACAGCUCACUGUCAUACGAGAAAACAGACUACAGUGCUACAAAAGUUCUAAGGACACAUGUCCCUAUGUGGACCUGCUGCUGCCCCAGUGCACUGUGGUCUACGCACCCAAAGACAGCAAGAGGAAACACCAUGAACUCCGCUUCACAUUGCCAAAUGGAGAUGCACUGGUGCUGGCAGUACAAAGCAAGGAGCAGGCCCACAGAUGGCUCAGGGUUGUUAGAGAGGUGAGCGGGCAGAGCACAGGCCCUGAGGAAUCUGCAUCUCCCGUCAUUCCAAGAAAAACUGAGCUUGACAAGAGGUUGUCUACAGAGAGGAACACAUCAGAUUCAGACGGUGUGGGUGUUCCAUCUGUAGAGAACGGCAGAGAAAAUGGCAAGGUAAAACGGGGGGCUUUUGCUGCAGGCCGAAAAAUCACACGUAUCAUCAGCUUCUCCAAGAAGAAGCCCCCUCGGCCAGGAGAUCCACGGAUAUCCUACAGCGACCCUCGACAAGGCUACCUGUCAUUGCUGGUGAAUCAGGUGUGGCGGGAACAGUGGUCUUGUGUGUGCAGAGGCUCCCUGCACUUCUACCAUGACAAAGGAGACCUUCGGACGUCCCUGCCUUCGCUUCCUCUCCGAGGGUGUGAGGUUGUCCCAGGGCUGGGACCCAAACAUCCCUUUGCCUUCCGAAUCCUUCGGAACAGCACGGAAUUAGCUGCUCUGGAGGCUAGCAGCUCUGAGGACCUGGGAAGGUGGCUUGGUGUGCUAUUGGCAGAGACAGGCUCCGCAACAGGUCCAGAGUCACUGCAUUAUGACUAUGUUGACGUGGAAACCAUUGCCAACAUCCGCGAUGCCGCGCGGCAUUCCUUCCUGUGGGCCACAUCCUCCAGCAGUACCUCCACAGACUCCAGAACAUAUGAUGAGGUCCCUAAUGAGGACGUGCAGUCAAGGGAGAACCGCAGGCAGCAGUCUGGGAAUCAGGGGAAGCGACGCUCAAGUUUCUCCAGCAGUGACUCUGACAGAACCAAGCCUUUAGUCUCUCUCAAACGAACAGGCUCAAACGCCAACCAGUAUGGAAGGUAUGGGAAAACGCGAGCUGAAGAGGAUGCCAAGCGUUACCUGAAAGAGAAAGAGGAGCUGGAAAGAAUGAGGGAUGCAAUUCGAAAUGCACUAGUGACCCUACGACAGGAGAAGAGAGAGCUGAGGGAAGAGCUGAAGACAGCCUCUGAGUGGAGGAAGUCCUCCCUGAAUAAGCGUUUGUCCCAACUCGAUGACACCUGUCGAGCUAAAGAGGCAGACAGGGUGGACCUGGAGCUGCGACUGACUCAUGUCCAAGACAACCUAAAGAAGAGCCUGGCUGGUGGAGUGCUUGGUGCACCUGCUGAGACUAAAACCCAUGUUAAGGCGUCCAGUAAGAAGACACAGAACAUCUACAGUGAGUCUUUACCAGUAAACUGUGCCUUAGAAAUGCGAAGGCGGCCUCCAUCCCUUUGUGCUUCCUCUACAGGAACUGUCAUGCGGAAGGCAAAGGAAUGGGAGUCAAAGAAAGGAACCUAGGAGUAAUUUGCUGAAAAGGACUGGAGAAAGAAUGAAUAGAUUUCAGGAUAACAAUUGUGACAUUCAGACCUGCAUAGGAUAAUCCUCCAUGUACAUCCCAAAGCACAGACUUGUUUCAUUGUUGAUUGAGGAAAUAAAGUGUAAUGAAAGAAAUUAACCACUAGGUGGAGGUACAUCUCACUGAAUAUCUACUCUUCUGUUUUCCAAAAAGCACUACUCCAAAUGUGAGAAAACCAAAGACUGUUGGCUGUCUGUAUCCAAGUGUUUUUGUUGUCUUUGAUCAAUGAUUCAAACGUGGCAAUCAGGAAAGAGAAAAAAAAGCAGGGGUUGUAAAAGAAGGACUCAUGAAAAGUGUAUUGAAAAGCACAGCAUGUGCAUAGAUUACAGAACUGUAAUGGAAAUGCAACAUAGGAUUGUGUUCUCAUCCAGUGUUGCAUGGGGUGAAAUGUUUCAUUGUUAGAGUGCUAUGUGGGAAACGUAACGUGUCUUGAAAAUAAGGGGAUGAGGCAGUUUAUGCCAUGUUGUGUCGUACAAGGUGUGUUACGACUACUGUUUUUUAUGUUUCUUACUUUUAUACUGUUCAUUUCUCACCAUCACCUUAAGACUCACGUAAUGGAAGUAAUCAGCUGAGUGCUGAUUGCUCUGGUUGAAGCUGUGCUACACAGCAAAACCGUCUGCUUGAGUAAUUUCUGUGGAACCAGAACCUGCACCCACUUGACCCUCCUUGGCACACAUUAAAUACCCAUAGCAGAGAUGACUGAGUGACCAGCAAAAUUCAAAGAUACAGACAAAUCUUGUUGUGAAUGGGAAAAUCUCCACUGUAUGUCAUUCUAACAACUUUUCUGUUGAACCUAUGCUUCACUUUUGCACUUUACUGCUCUCCUGCCUGGAUAAGGGAAUAAUAAAUGUGUCUCACUCUCAAACA